GGCUGAGUAUAUCAAGGCCAUCGUGUGCGCAGUUUUUUGGCUUCGCUCUUUGCACUUAACCACCACAAGAACAUGGUUGUUCCCGUUGUUACAGGCUAUUAUCGCUACACCGACAUUUGGUUUGAGUGGCACAAACAGUGUGGCGAGGAUGGAGAGGUCCUCAAAGCCAUAUUGGCGCAUGAUGCACUUGUCAGUCCUCAGCACCCACUCCACGUUGACGGAGUCGAGGGCGUCCAGUUGUAUAUCGGAACUCUGAAAUCGGGUGAAACACGUCUGAUGUUUUCAUCCAAACAAGUAGAAUAUGUGCGGUACUGGCUCCAUGCAGUCGGCUUAACCAAGGAACCAAUCGGUCUGCCUUAUUCCGAUUGCCUAUUACGUUUGCAAGAUCUUCGCGGCGUCUCGCCUCAAGCGUUCAAAACAGGCGGGGAGCUCAAAACUGCUACUAAGAAAAUCGAGAAGAACAAUAAGAACAUCAAGAAAUCUAAUGAUCCUCCUUUGACUUUUCGUCGUUCAUCCUUUGAAACAGUCCGGAAGCUAUGGCAGAACAAGAUUGGUAUCUGGUGCUCCAUUGACUUUGAAUCUUGGGAGAGGGAUCAUACAGUUAUGACCGAAUUUGGUUGGUCUCGUAUCCAUUGGGAAGAUAAUCAGGAAAUUCGAGAAGAAGGGCAUAUUAUUGUCAACGAGAAUCAGAAGUAUACUAAUGGAACAUAUGUUUCUGAAAAUCGCAAGAACUACAAAUGGGGUCAAAGCGAAGUCGUAUCCAAAAAAGAGUUCAAAUCUCGCAUCCAAAAUAUGCUGAGUGACCUCCGACGUAAUGACCACACCUUUUUGGUUUUCCACGAUGCAAAAGAAGACAUUGAUUAUAUGAAAUCCGCUAUGGUUGAGGCAGAUCUGACUGGUUUGUCGUACACCUUACCAGAUGGUCCUUCCCCCAAAAGUGGAGUAUUCGUUGUGGACACUGCUGAUCUUUUUGGCGGACUACAAGGCGAGGGGACGAGAAACCGAGGUCUGGAGCAAGUGUGCAACCAACUUCAGAUCAAGACUGAGUUCCUUCACAAUGCUGGCAACGACGCACAUUAUACCCUCGAAGCUUGCAAAGAAAUGGCUUGUGGUGAUUCCCUUGACCUUCAACGUGAAAAGCGCUGGCCUAGUAAGACUACACCAGGCACUAUUACGGUGAAUAUCGAUGCUUUAGAGCAGGAGGAAGAUGCCUCUGACGAAGAGGGUUUGUUCAUGAGUGCUUUGAGUUGAAGAAAACGGUUCGAAAAGGAAGCGUUGUACGUGUCUCUGGACUCUUUGCUGUCUUGGAAUGCUUUGUAUCUAUAUGCGUAGUAGUAGUGCCUUUUAUGAUCAUUCAAUUUCUUGCUGCGGUGAGAAA